GUCUAGAACGAUAAAAACCACCAGAGCGCACUAGAGAGAAACCAACGAGAUAGGCUUUGCUCUACAAUCUCUCCAAUCUCUAGAAGAAGGCGUUGGUCUUAGUACUUGCAUCAGACAUGGAUACAAAACCUGUGGCAGAAAAUGGGUAUGUAGAGGACAGCGAUGAUGACAAGCCUAUGGUGUUCAAGAGGAAAAGUGGUGUUGUGUCUAAUUCGAACCAGUCAAAACCCAAUACUCAGAGAAGUAAUGCAGUGUCUUCCACCAAGGUGUCACCUUUAAGAUCUCCUGUGGCUAGCUCAAAUGGAACCACUCCUUCCAAUAAAACUUCUGCAAUGACAUCAUCUUCUAAAGCUUCACCAGCGAAGUCACCGUUGCAGGAUGUAGAGGACAGCGAUGAUGACAAGCCUAUCGUGUUCAAGAGGACUAGUGUUGCUGCUUCUAAUUCAAAAUCCAAUACUCAGAGAAGCAAUCCAGUGUCUUCCACCAAGGUGUCAACUUUGACUAGCUCAAAUGGAACCACUCCUUCCAAUAAAACUUCUUCUUCUAAAGCUUCACCAGCAAAGCCGCCGUUGCGGAAUGAUGCUACGCCUUCUGUUGUUAAGGAUAGGAGCCAGUCACAGAAAGAUCAGUCUGAAUGUAAAAGUGAGCGUGAGGAUUCUGAUGAUGAUAGACCUAUAAGUAUGGUAAUAUCUGGGAAUUCCAGCCGGUCGAAUAAAGGGCCAGCCUCUUCGAAGCAGGUUUCUUCACCGCAGCCAAGGAAACAUAAUACUGGUGGUAGACCUCUUGAUGGAGCAAAUAGAGUCAUAAAGGAUGAGUCUGAUGAUGAAAAACCAAUCUCGUCAAUGAGGCAAAAGAAGAUUGGUAGCAGUGGGAUGGUAGGUAGUAAAAAGGUCUCCACUGAUGAAAAGAAACCUUUGAGGAAUGGUUCUGCAGUUAAGGAUGAAGUGCCGGAUUCUAAGGUCUCAGGUAAGAGACCUCUGGAGAAGAAUCAUCCUGUAAAUGAAUCUUCCUUGAAGAAGCCCAAGGUCUCAGCUUCAAGUACUUCGGGGAAAAUGAAACAAGAAUCUGUUAAAACAGAGAGUUCAGCUGAUAAGGGAAGGGUUUUGGUUUCACCUACAACAAAGAGAGCGAAACCAGUAUCUACCAGAGAAGAUGGCAGUGAUGAUGAUGAUGAUGUUCCAAUAUCCAAGAGACUCAAAUCAGAGUCUUCCAACAGUAAAGUAUCUUCAGCAACGCCUAAAGCAGCUGUAAAAGGAAAUUCGAGUUCAUCAGCUACAAAGCCGAAAGUAACGAAGAAAGUAGUUUCUCCUCCGUCCAGGUCCAGGACAGUUAACAAAAACACCAAGAAAGUAACGAAGGAUUCAAAAUAUUCCUCUUCUUCCAAAUCUUCACCUUCCUCUAGCGAUGGUCAAAAGAAAUGGACAACCUUGGAGCACAACGGUGUAAUAUUUCCGCCUCCAUAUAAGCCGCACGGUAUCAAGAUUUUGUACAAGGGGAAGCCAGUCGACCUAACAACCGAACAAGAAGAGGUUGCAACAAUGUUUGCAGUGAUGAAAGAGACGGACUAUUACAUUAAACCGCAAUUUAGAGACAAUUUUUGGAAUGACUGGCGAAAACUGCUUGGGAAGAAGCAUGUGAUACAGAAGUUAGAUGAUUGUGACUUCACUCCCAUAUAUGAGUGGCAUUUGAGAGAGAAAGAGAAGAAGAAACAAAUGACCACAGAGGAGAAAAAAGCUUUGAAAGAAGAAAAACUCAAGUUAGAGGAGAAAUAUAUGUGGGCUGUUGUUGACGGUGUCAAAGAGAAGGUUGGUAAUUUCAGAGUUGAACCGCCUGGGCUCUUCAGAGGCCGUGGAGAGCAUCCCAAGAUGGGAAAAUUAAAGAAGCGCAUCCGUCCAUCUGAUAUCACCAUGAAUAUUGGGAAAGGUGUUCCUAUUCCAGAAUGUCCAAUCCCUGGUGAAAAAUGGAAAGACGUAAAGCAUGACAACACAGUCACCUGGCUAGCUUUCUGGAAUGAUCCUAUCAACCCAAAAGAAUUCAAGUAUGUAUUUUUGGCAGCUAGCAGUUCCUUGAAAGGGCAGAGCGACAAGGAGAAGUAUGAGAAAGCCAGAAAUCUUACGAACCACAUAGACAGUAUAAGAUCAACUUACACCAAGAAUUUUACAUCUAAGGAUGUUGCAAAGAGGCAAAUUGCCGUUGCUACUUAUCUCAUUGAUAAGUUGGCACUUAGGGCAGGAAAUGAGAAGGAUGAUGAUGAGGCAGACACUGUUGGUUGUUGUACAUUAAAGGUUGGAAAUGUGGAAUGUAUUCCUCCAAAUCAAAUAAAGUUUGACUUUCUCGGUAAGGAUUCAAUCCGGUAUGAGAACACAGUCGCGGUUGAGCCUCCUGUCUACAAGGCCAUUGGACAGUUCCAGGCUGGAAAAUCCAAAGAGGAUGAUCUUUUUGAUGAGUUAGACACAAACAAACUGAAUGCUCAUCUUAAGGAGCUUGUACCUGGUCUCACAGCUAAAGUGUUCCGUACAUAUAAUGCUUCAUUCACAUUGGAUGAACAGUUGAAUGAAAAGAUGGGAGCUGGCGAUGUUAAUCAGAAAGUAGUAGUUUACCAGCAAGCAAACAAGAAGGUUGCCAUAAUCUGUAAUCAUCAGCGUGCUGUCUCAAAGUCACACAGUGCACAAAUCGAAAAACUGGAUGCGAAAUUAAAAGAACUCCAGAUUGGUCUUACAGAGCUCAAAACCAAUCUCAAGCGUGCUAAAGAGGGGAAACCACCACUGGAAGGUUCUGAUGGAAAGAAGCCUAGAAACUUAGACCCAAACGCGUGGGAGAAGAAGAUAACUCAACAGGAAGUAAAGAUUGAGAAGAUGAAACGAGACAUGCAUACAAAAGAGGACUUGAAAACCGUGGCGCUUGGCACGUCAAAGAUCAAUUACCUUGAUCCUAGAAUAACCGUGGCAUGGUGCAAACGUAAUGAAGUACCAAUCGAAAAGAUAUUCACCAAGUCUCUUCUGGAGAAGUUUUCAUGGGCAAUGGAUGCAGAACCCGACUUCAGAUUCUAGUUAUUGCUUGAGGUAUGGGUUGUCAAGGCAUUGGAGAGCAAGGACAAAACCGGCCUUUGUUUUACCUUAUAUACCCCCAAAAAAACCCAAGCUGUUGUUAAUUUUUAAUUUAUGUAACUUUGGUUUUUUACCAAAUUUCUUCACCAUGACUUGAAUGUUAUGCUACUUUUUUUUAGAUGAUAGAAAAUUUGAUGAAAAUAGUUUUUUUUUUUUUUU